AUGGCUUUCAUAUUUGUGUUUCUAUCUCUAGAUCCUCCAAAGGAUGUGUCAGUGUCCAUCAGUCCCUCUGGUGAGAUAGUGGAGGGCAGUUCAGUGACUCUGACCUGCAGCAGUGAUGCUAACCCACCUGUGGAGUAUACCUGGUUUAGAGGAACAUCAUUUAAAAUCAAAGGAAAAACCUACACCGUUAACAAGAUCAGCUCUGAGGACAGUGGAGAUUACAAGUGCAAGUCCAGCAAUCAACACGGAAAGAAAUAUUCUGAAACAACUGUAAAUGUUUUGUAUCCCCCUAAGAACAUGUCAGUGUCCAUCAGUCCCUCUGGUGAGAUAGUGGAGGGCAGUGUAGUGACUCUGAGCUGCAGCAGUGAUGCUAACCCACCUGCCGAGACCUACACCUGGUAUAAGGUGAAUGAAAGCUCACCUGUAGGAUCUGGACAGAGUUACAGCUUCCCGUUGAGCUCCAACAGCAGUGGAUGGUUUUACUGUGUGGCUCAGAAUAAAUUCGGGAGUCAGAGCGCCGCUGCAGUGCCGGUCACUUCAAGCAGUAUUACAGUUAUCAUAACAAAUAACACUUUGUAGCAUUGAUAAAGGUGAAUGAGUUCUAGCUGAAUAAUAUUUGUCUGCACACAGGGGGCAGAAGUGUAGUUCUGUACAUAGUUCUUGGAGUCACAGUUGGAUGUGGAUGUUUACUUGCCAUCAUUGGUGUUUUAUGUAUGAGGUGAGCAUGUGUAUUUUUCCUCAACUUGCUUACAAUAUCUGUGAUCUGAACCCUCUUGUUGUUACUUUUUAGGAGCAAGAGAAGAGGAGGUUCAAUAAAUGACACCAAGGUAUCAUCGUCUAGUCAGAUCAAUAACCCUAGUCCUCCCGAAGACCUGUACACAGCUCUUGAUCUUCAGACCAAGUCCUCCAAUGACGUGUACGACACGCUUGCAGUAAGUGUCUUCAGAGACGCACUUCAGGCAUUCAGAUCUGGAAAGAAUCACUAAGAAUGAUGAACACAUGAUUUAUUUCUCGUUCUCUCACACAGACCGUUCACCCGAGUCCUCCUGAAGACCCGUACACAGCUCUUGAUCUUCAGACCAAGUCCUCCAAUGACGUGUACGACACGCUUGCAGUAAGUGUCUUCAGAGACGCACUUCAGGCAUUCAGAUCUGGAAAGAAUCACUAAGAAUGAUGAACACAUGAUUUAUUUCUCGUUCUCUCACACAGACCGUUCACCUGAAUCCUCCUGAAGACCCGUACACAGCUCUGGAUUUUCAGUCCAUCUCUCCUGAUUACGACACUUUAACAGUGAGUGUUUCCGUUUGUUCGUCACUUCACUUGUAAUCACUGGAUAUAGCACCAUGCUGAAGAUCUUUGGAAAACUCUAAACCAUUAAAGUCACAAAUCAAAAGUUUUAAAGCAGUUAAGGCCACAAUGAUGUAAUGCUAGUACACUAAUGUUACGUGAUCUCAAAAAACAACUUUUGUUAUCUUCAGAUCGCAAGGAAAAAACACUCAUGGCCUUUCUGGACUUCUGUAGUAUUAUACAUGUGUUUGUUCAACAUUUCCAACUCACUGUUUGUUUUUCUAGAAUGCAAGAAAGCAACAGUGAGAUCAUCAACAUCAAGUCGAGAGAGAGAGAGAGAGAGAAAGCGCUUUGGAUAAAUAUUAACUCAUACUUCAAAUAGCUGAAAAAUGAGAGCUUUACUUCUAUGAACAAUAUAUUGUGUGUGACUGCAUGUGCUGUUGAUUGAUUCUUUUACUAAAUGUGUACUAUAGGUUUUUGUAUAUAGGUUUGAAUAAUUAUUUUGUUUAUAUUUUACCUGCUAAACUGAGACACCGUGCAAAAAUGUGUGCCGAUAACGUUUUGUACAUUUUACACAAUAAAUAUGAUGUACAAACUCUCAGUAUGGUUUAUUUAUAAUGAGUUAUAAUACGCUGUGGAGCAGAGGAGGGUGGAGGUUAGGGUGGUGGGAACUCCUGGACUCGAAUCCUUAUUGGGGUCCUUUACAUACAGCAUGAUGUGAACCUUCUCCACCUUCUCCAAAUAGAAACAAAG